CAGCUACACAUGCAAGAGAUGUGAUCUAAGGUUGUUGGCACUACACAUAUGCAUGUCCAAGCUAAACCAACCCCAUCAAAAUCAGCUUUUCCUCUCAUCACCAAAACCACAAAAACACAACCAUUGAUGAUGAUGACGACGACCAAUUUCAUGACCUUGUUAGCCCUUCUCAUGGCACUACUAGUAGUAGUCUCACCGGCCACCCAAACAAAGAACCAAGACCUCCUUGUUGCAAUUGAAGAGAUGAUUACAGCCAACCACUUCACCUUUGUCAUGCUAAUCAACAUGUCUCCGAUCGAUCAGAGACUUGAAGGGAACAUCACUUUCUUGAUGCCUAACGAUCGAAUGCUAUCCAGAACCAGAAUCCCCCAACAACAUCUCUCCGAUUUCUUGCUUCGCCAUUCGAUUCCAUCGCCUUUGCUGUUCGAUUACCUCCAACACAUCCCAACUGGAUCCUUCAUUCCUAGCUCGAUCCCUGAGUACAUGUUGAAGAUCUCAAAUGGUGGGAGGUUGAGUUAUUUUCUCAACAAUGUGAAAAUUAUUAGCCCUAAUAUUUGCACUAGAGGGUCUUCAAUUAGGUGCCAUGGCAUUGAUGGGGUGUUAAUGUUACCAGAAAAAAUCUUGCCCAAGUUUCCUCCUUUGCCUACUUGUUCCAAUAACACAGUUCCUGUUCUCUUGGCUCCACCUCCAACUCAUACUCCAAUUGGUGAUUCUAAUCACAAUAUUCCAGCCAUUCCUCCUCCUCCUCCUCCACAAAGAUCACCAUCUUUCAAAUGUAGGCCUUAUGGAGCAAUAUUGAAUUCUUUUUACAUGCUGCCAAUUGUGGGGCUUUUUAUAUAA